UUGACGCCUUCUAUUCCCCUUCUCCCGUAUCUGUCACCCUCUCUGUCAUCCCGGAAUAGCAUGGAGCUGCAUUACACUUACGACUAGCCCAGGAUGCAAGGGUCCGCCUGCGUAAAAUUGUUCUUUCCUUUACGACAUUUGUGCGCCACGCCGCGCAAUCGUGAGUAGGUGCUGCGUAUAAGGUAACUCUCCUGCACGCCAACGCCUCAAGGGGGUUCUCAUAAGCCUACUAUUACAUAUCAGUCAUCCGUGUCGAUUUUUUCAUCUGUCCUGACCUCCUGUCCAAGCCGCCAGAGAUACCUCCCGCACCGUACCGUCUCUUCAUUGUUUCUACCUCUUCUAUACCAUGCAUGGCGCACCCUCAGUCCUUCCGUCGUCUGCUGGCCGCCCUUUCGUUACUAUGUCUCUUCUUCUCCUACGCAGCGGCGGCGGCGGCGCCGCCGAAGCCCAAUAUCGUCGUCAUCCUCACCGAUGACCAGGACUUGCAUCUCAACUCCCUCGAACUCAUGGAGAAUUUGCAGAGCAUGCUGGUGCAGCAGGGCACCAUUUUCUCCAAACACUAUGGCCACGUUAGCUUGUGUUGUCCGGCGCGGACGACGCUGUGGACGGGCAAACAUGCGCAUAAUACCAAUGUCACGUCGGUAACGAACGGACUGCCUGGCGGCGCAUGGCAGCAGGUUCAGGCUCUGGGGUGGUACAAGAAGUACCUCUUUACCUGGAUGCAAGCCGCAGGCUACUCGACUUACUACUCCGGCAAGCUCUUCAACGGCUACAGCGCGGAAAACUACUGCGAACCGCAUUGUCUUGAGGGCCUGAGCUCCGCCCAUGUCCUGCUGGAUCCGAGCAUGUACAAGUACUACAAUUCUUCCUGGACAUCGUAUGACGGCCACAAGUGGACUGUCGAUGCCAAUUUCACGGGCUAUAACACCGACCAGAUCACUGAAGAUAUUGCCGACUACAUCCACGCAAAUGCUCAUUCCGGAAAACCGUUCUUCGCUGUCGCGGCUCCCGUCGCGCCGCACGUGCCAACCAUUCCCAAGCACGAAUAUAAAGAUCUCUACCCUGGACUACAGGUGCCGCGGUCUCCCAAUUGGAAUCCAGCAAACCGAAGCGGCGUUGCAACCGUGUGGACCCUGGACCAAUUAGACGACCAAAACAUCGAGGAACUGGACGAUUGGUAUCGCCGGCGACAGCAAUGUCUCAAAAGCGUUGACGAUAUGAUCGCGACAGUUGUGCAGACCCUGGAGGAGGAAGGCGUGCUCGACAACACGUACAUUUUCUACACCACGGACAACGGCUUCCACAUGGGGAAUCACAGACUCCAAGGAGGCAAGACUACUUGUUACGAGGAAGACAUCAAUUUGCCGUUUAUCGUACGCGGACCCGGUGUUGCCAAGAACCAGUCCGUCACCGACCUCGUCACUGGCCAUAUCGAUCUCGCUCCGACCAUUUUGACCCUCGCUCAACCCGACUGGGCUGGUUUCGUUGUUGGAGGUGACGAAUGGGACGGCACGGCCAUCACUUUCCCUCUCGAGACCGCCGCAGAUGUCCAGCGAAACGUUGACGCCCGGAGCGAUUCCACCCAUAUUGAGUAUUGGGGCCCGUUCCAGCAGGAAGGCGUAUAUGGCGCAUGGUGGUUCAUUGGGCAGGACCAUUGGAAGAAUGUGAAUACCUACAAGUCUCUGAGGAUUCAGGGGGCGGGGUACAAUCUGAUGUACAGCGUUUGGUGUCAGGAUUCGGCGCAUGAGCUUUACGAUAUGUCUUGGGACCAAUACCAAAUGACUAAUCUCCACCCCUACGCACCCUCCGAAGGCAACACAACAAACGCCUACGAUAAAGGAAUGACCACCGUCCUCGGCCGGCCGAUCUGGAACGUGCUGCACCGCCUCGACGCUCUAGUCCUCAUCCUCAAAACGUGCGCCUCCGAGGACUGCCGCUGGCCCUGGAAGCAGCUCCACCCGGAGGGCGGAGUCAACAAUUUGAUGGACGCACUCGACGCCCAAUACGACGCUUUCUACGCCCAUUCAUACGCCGUCGCAAAGGUGGGGUGGGAGCAGUGCUACACGGGGCUCCUUCCGCAUGCCAGCUCGACGCUGUACGCCAUUGAGAAUGAGCAGCCGGUGUGGUUGAAUCAGACGGUGGUGAAGAUGGUGCGGAAUGAUGGCGAGCGGCUUGCGGUUGGGGCGAAGUGGUUGGCCUUGCUGUUAGGGUGGGGUGCAUAUCUCGCGUUCGCAUGAGUAUAUAACACGGUAGGAUCAGCGCCUUGCAUACCGUUUACGUUAUUGAGCGUGGUGAUGUAACUUGCCUUACUUUAGUCAGGGCUUACCACGCCCUAGGCUACAGGCAACACUGAACAUGAAUAAAUGAUCAACACGCAUCUCAAUCCUGUGUCCCUCAUAUUCAUCCCAGAGACCGGCGCCUUGAUCCGAGUACCAUAUUCUCCCCCUCGAUGAAGGUCAUCGUCGUCGGCGCCGGGCUGAGCGGCAUCGGCACCGCCCUCGCUUUCCGACGAUAUGUCAAGCAAAAGGUCGAGAUCAAAAUCUACGACCGCGCCAACGCGCACGACACCGGGCUGUAUGGAUGGAAUGAUCACGCAGACUUACGCCUGAAAAACCAAGGCGCGGCAAUAAGCCU